UCUCUUGCAGUUAACCUACAACAACCUUUUCAAGCCUGGCAGAGCCAACCAUGGAAUUAUCAACAACACAAAGAAUCGGCGCAACAGCAGCAACAUCACGCGCUUAAUCCUGCCGCAUCUACAACUGAUCGAGCAUACUACUGGGAUGGCUCAAAAUGUGUGUAUUAUCAAGAUUUGCGACCACAGUCUCGACAAGAUCAAUUACCUACUAAUGUGUUUACCUUCGGUGUUACUGGUUCUAUUCAACAACAGAACGACUCUCUAUCUACUCUGUUUACGCAUCGGCAACCACGUCAACAACAGUGGCUCUCGCAACACCCGUAUUCGAGACAACGUGAAGUACGAACACCAAACGAAUUAUUUACGCCGAUGCAAUCUGAACACCAAUUGGACCGACAAAACUCGGUUCAAGACAUUCUUGGAGUUUUACCGAUCGAGCAAUCAGAGUCCACAGGUCUAUCCACCAACGGGUAG